AUGGCCUCAUUAUCACAAAAACUCAAGUUUCUAGCUAUUGCUGGAGCAGGAUUCUUUACCGAUGGAUAUAUCAACUUGACCAUCGGGCUAGUGGUCCCCGUACUGGGAUAUCUCUAUUUCCAGGAGGACGACUCAGAAGUCCCAUCAGUAAACAGCGAUAUAAUGAAAGGAGGACUGAGUCUGGGCAUGAUCGUGGGCCAGGUCCUCUUUGGCCUUCUGAGUGAUACCUGGGGCCGCCAGGCUGUCUAUGGCAAGGAAUUAAUGGUUACCCUGCUUGGGACGUUGCUUGUUAUCUUGCUGCCCUGGAAUGGAUUUUCCAUUCAGGAUAUCACAGCCUGGAUAUCUGUCUUCCGUGUCUUGACGGGCGUGGGAAUUGGAGCUGACUACCCCCUGUCAUCUGCACUGUCGGUAGAGAGUGUCUCUCUGGGCACCAGAGCAGUACAGGUCCUGUCCGUGUUUGCCUUUAUCGGGGUGGGCAACUACGCAGCCAGCAUCGUGUUCCUCGUCCUGCUUAGGGCGUUCAAGUCUGCGGUGUACAAUAACAUCAAUGCUCUAGAAUGGGUUUGGCGGCUGUUACUCGGAAUCGGCAUGGUUCCUGCAGCUUUGACUCUGUAUGCGCGCUUGACGCUGCCAGAGACGAAGCCCUAUACGAAGUAUGUUGCCAAUGACGGCGAGAGACGAGACUUUCGAAAACAGAUGCAGGACUUUCGCGAGUAUUUUGGUCAGUGGAAGCAUGCGAAAGUGCUCUUUGCGACUUCUGCCACUUGGUUUCUUUUUGAUAUCGCAUACUACGGAAUAAACCUCAACCAGAGCGUCAUUCUCAAAGAAAUCGGAUAUUCCUCUGGCCCAGACGAAUGGUCAACCCUGUGGAACACUGCUGUUGGGAAUAUCAUCGUGCAGUCUGCUGGCUACCUCCCCGGCUUCAUCCUAGGAAUCCCCCUCCCGGACCGCCUCGGACGCGUCAACCAACAAUUCUACGCCUCAGCCCUCGUCUCAAUCCUCUACGCCAUCUGGGCCGGGAUCAUGGCCCCCUCAAUCUCAACAUCCAAAGGCGGACUCCUGACCAUGUUCACGCUGUGCCAGCUCGUCAUCUGCAUCGGGCCAAACUGUACCACAUUCCUAAUCCCGUCGGAGGUAUUCCCCACGCGGGUUCGGGGGACAGCACAUGGUAUAUCUGCCGCCGCGGGGAAGUGCGGUGCUGUCCUUACGGCGUUUGCGUUUGGGACUGUCACGGAUAGGAUUGGACUGCCUGGGGUUCUUGGGCUGUUUUCGGGGCUUAUGGCUCUGACGGCGGGGAUUACGUUGAUGAUUCCGGAGACGAGGGGGAGGAGCGUGGACGAGAUUGAGGAGGGGGUGCAUUAUGGCGUGUCUCCUGGAGCUGGUACUGGUAGUGUGUGGGGGGAUACUGGUAAAGACCAGGUUACUGUUAGGCAGGAUGAGGUUUAA